ACUGAAAGGCUGCAACGGCUACCAGCAAUGCCUGGCUUGAAGUAGGUUGUCUCCACUAGCAACAUAGAUACGGAGGUUGUGCAGUUUGGGAUGUCGGUCAAGUAAGAUCAGUUAUCGGCCUCCCACCAUCCAGUGAAGGCUGCUUUGUGCCUUCGCGGACAAGUGCGACUUUCAGACACGCAACCAUCUGACGACCGGUUUCAAAGUCCGGGCUGUGGUGCUGCUAAAAGAAUGACAACUGAGGAAGAACAAAAUACGACCAGGCCACCAGAAGCUGUUCCGAUAUUAAAAGACGACUCUACAUCAGGAGAGAUAAUAGUGGCCCCCAAUGGACGUACUCCGGGGAGUGACGAUCCUAAGGAAGAGGACAACCUAAGAGAAAACAUUCACUCCUCUUCCACACGCGGUGCAGUAGCACAAUCCCUCGUGGCUGGUGCAGUGUUCCUGCUUACGACCUGCUGCGGGAUCCACGUCGGAUACUCGGCCAUACUGCUGCCUCAGCUGAAGGCUGGCAACAGCACGCUGCCCACAGACGACGAGCUGGGAUCAUGGAUAGCCAGUGUGCAGUCGAUUGCAAGUCCCUUCGGAGCGCUACUGAGCGGCUUGCUGAUGGACCGAUGGGGCCGACGCGCUACCCUCAUACUGUGCACUGUCCCCUUUACUGCCAGCUGGAUCAUCCUUGCCUUCGCGAGCCAUCACGCCGUCAUACUCACAGCAAGAGCAAUGGCAGGUUUCGCAUCUGGACUCACCAUUGCGCCUACACAGGUGCUGGUGGGUGAGAUAUCUGAGCCCCGAAUCAGGGGCAUUCUGACAGGCACAAACUUCCUGAGCCAUUCUAUAGGGAUCCUGCUGGUCUACAUUUUGGGAGCCUUCAUGGAGUGGAAUGUAGUGUCCGGAAUCAGCGCAGUAUUGCCACUGUUGUCUUUCGUGGCAUUCGUCCUGCUUCCAGAAAGUCCUGUGUGGCUCGUCAGACACAACAAGAUCGAGGAAGCAGAGAAAGCCUUGAGGUGGCUUCGUGGAGGGGGAAUACAGGCAAAACGUGAGCUGCAGCAGCUGGUAUCAAGAUACCGACCAGAGAAAGUGGAAGGUCUGAUGAAGAAUGGCGGAGAACUUACAACCAAAUCCAUCAGCAGCUGCUGUCAGGACCUCUCUAAACCUCACAACCUCAAGCCAGUCAUCAUCGUCAGUCUCUUCUACUUGAUUCAGGUCAUUUCUGGGACAUAUCUCGUAAUAUUCUACGCUGUCGAUAUAAUCACACAAGCGGGGAAAAGCGAAGGCUUGGGACUUGAUAGGUUCCUGGCCGCAGUUCUCACCGGUGCAGCCAGAGUGUUCUUCGCGAUUGUCAUGUGCUUCCUGCUCAUGUGUAUGGGACGCCGACCACUUUUAAUACUAGCAGGAUUGCUGCAGACGCUGUCAGCCUUUUCUGCUGGUACCUUCUUAUACCUGAAGAACAGGAUCAAUAUUACAGACUACGAAUUUCCUGCGUGUAAACCGGUUAUUAUUGCAAGUAUACUGGUUUAUGUAGCCUCAAAUACAUGUGGUUACUUCUCUAUGCCAGGAAUUGCAAUGGGAGAACUCCUACCAGCUAAAAUCCGAGGUUCUGUUGGAGGAUACAUCCUCGCCGGUACAUAUCUGGGAUUUUUUGUUACCACUAAGAUCUUUCCAUGGCUUUGUGACUUACUGGAGGUACACGGUGUGUUUGGUCUUUUUGGUGUUACAACAGCAGUUGGAACUUUUAUCAUGUAUCUUUUCUUGCCUGAAAGCAAUGGAAAAUCUCUCUUACAAAUAGAAAAUUAUUUUUGGCAACCAAAUUUCUUCUGGGUGGGAAGAAAAAUGGUAUUAUCACGCAGAGAAACUAAAUCGGAAGAUUAUGAAAUGCAAGUUAGAAGCCUUCUUAACGAAAUCAAAGCUAUAAACACGAUUUAUAUGGAAAAGGAAGCAUUUGAAGAUGGCUGUACGAAGAAAGGAGGGAUAAACAGCUGGAAUGCCAGUGCAGUGGCUCACCAGAUCCUCAGCGUGGGUGCGGUAGUUCUGUAUGGAGCCACUCUGGGUGCUACCGUGGGUUUCUCGGCGAUACUGCUGCCUCAGCUUCAGUCCAACGCCAGCUCCAUACCAACAGACGAGGAAACAGGAUCAUGGAUAGCCAGCCUACAGCCGGGUGUAAGUCCAUUUGGCACUGUACUUGGAGGAUUCGCCAUGGACCGUUGGGGUAGACGCUUUACCAUGAGAGCAGGACUCCUUCCACUCUUCACAGGCUACAUAAUCAUAGCCUUUGCUCCAAGUCAGCUCAUCGUAAUAAUCGGCAGGUUCAUUACCGGGUUAUCCUGCGGUUUCUCAGCCGCAGCCUCUUCGGUGAUUUUGUGUGAAAUUUCCACGCCCCGGCUACGUGGACUAUAUACAUCCAGUUCGUUCACUGCACUCUCAGCAGGAAUUCUACUGGUAUAUGUUCUGGGUUCGUAUCUUCACUGGCAUAUAGUGGCAGGCUUGCUGGCAUCUAUACCUUUGACAUCACUGACUUGCUUCUUCUUCAUACCAGAGAGUCCUGUGUGGCUAGCAAAGAAAGGACACGCUGAAGAAGCACAACGAGCUCUUACGUGGCUCAGAGGAGACAAGAAGCAGGCUUCAUUUGAACUUCAGGAGUUGCUAUCCGGAAUUAGAGCACAACAAGAGGCAGAAGAAAUAGAAGUAGACACAACAGACAAAGAAGAGGCCGAUAAAACACCAAACAUUAUGCAAAAAAUAAAAUUCCUACUCUCUCCUUCAAUACUCAAACCGUUCUUCAUUGGCCACAUCUUCAACUUAUUUCAAAUACUCACUGGCACAAUGCUGAUCGUAUUUUAUGCAGUCGACAUUAUCUCCGAAACAGACAAGAAUACAAAGGGCUUCGACAGUUUCACGAUCGCCCAGUUAACAGCAUUUGUUCGUCUAAUUUUUACAUUAGUUACAAAUUCAUUGUUGUACUUUGUACGACGAAGGACGCAUGCCAUUGUUGCCACAAGUGUUUGUGCAUGUGCUGCUUUAGUACUCAGCUGUUUCUUGUUCUUCCAAUUGAGAACAGAAUAUUCGUUUUCUCCAGAAACAAGUAUGUGGAUAACAUGCAUACUGAUUUUAGUGUUCAUUGCAGCGAAUACUUGUGGCUUCCUUCCACUGCCUCCUGCAAUUAUGUCGGAAAUCCUUCCUGUUAAGAUCCGAGGAAUUGCCUGUGGUUAUAUAUAUGCUGCCAACGACGCAGUGCAGUUUUGUGCAUCUAAAAUAUAUCCCUGGUUGAAGGGAACUAUAGGAGUGCAUGGAGUCUUUUUCGUGAUAGGCAUAAACGCUCUUCUCUGCUGCAUAUUCUCUUAUCUUGUCUUGCCUGAAACUCAAGGAAGAUCGCUGGCGGAAAUUGAAGAAUACUUUCGAACUCAAAAAUUGUUGUGGGUUAAAAGGGAUAAACGACUUGAACGACAUAAUUCGAGAAACAGUUAUUUUGAAAUGAAGGAGACCAACACAUGGGGCUGUGUCAAAACUUACGGUGAACAGGAAGAGAAUGUAAAAACAGAAGGCAAAGCAGAGGAAUCUAAAAGAAAGAUGUCAGUAACGUUCUCGUGACAUAUCAGAAAAAUCAUUUAAAUGGCUUAUCCUGAAAAGUCACGAGUCACUGGAACCAAAUUUUACAUGGGAAACAAACGUACCUAGAUAUUCAUGCUGGGUUUAAAAUGUCAUUAAAACAACCUUCCGGUUACGAAUUUGUAAGAUGAUGGUAAAGAGGAAGAGGCCUUCAGAUGUCUCAGCACUGGCAAAAAUGGUUAUAUAGAGAUAAGCAAAUCGUAGCCCCCCCCCAAAAAAAAGGAAACCAUUUGCAGCAUGGAAAUUUCAAUAACCCGUAAACACUGUGGAAAUAAUACUCAUAAACCACACAGCUCUACAACUCCCAAAUGUCCAGUAAUAGAAAAUGACUUAAUCAACAGCCAGCCGGCUGCAAGUAUUUCAGUAAGUGACGAAAAUUCCAAUAUUCUGCUAAACUUUUAUUAUCGUCCAACACUGUCUGAAUAUUAAUGAUCAAGUUAGAUGUUAUCUAGUGGAAAGCGGUCCCGAUGAUUGCAUUUUCCUAGGAAAAUUAUCAGAUCUCCCCCCACUCCUAUCAAUAUUCCGACUGAAAGAAAGCUUGCAUCUACGCAUAGCAAGUCAAGAAAAUUAAUUCAACAAUCAAGCAAAUCAGAAGUGACAAAAGGGCGGAAAAUCUUCAUAUAUAUUUGUCAGACCAUUCCUUUUUGUGCAUAAAAGAAUCUGACACUUCGGAGUUCCAAUGACAGAAUUCAUAGUCAGAACGAUGAGAACCUUCUUGGUAACUCAUGGAGCUGAACCCUUCUUGGGGAGCGCCAGUAGUGCAGCUAGUUAAGGGCUUCCCAGUAUUUUAUGCAACCCGAAGGUUCAUUACCGUGUUCACAAGAGCCCUUCACUGUUCCCUAUCCUAUCAAUCCAAUCUAUACCAUCACAUCUUACUUCUCUAAGAUUCAAUUUAAUACUGUCCUCCCACCUAGGUCUUUGUCUUCCUAGUGGUCCCUUUCCUUCUGGCUCUCCCACCAAUAUCCUAUAUGAAUUCCUCUUCUCCCCAAU